UCGGGUGUUCCUGAGGGUGUGACCUCCCGGAAAUCACCAACCAGGAUCAGGAGGAAGGAGAGAGGAAGAGCCGGGAGUGGAGGGAGCUGAGAGCCGCAGCCAGCUGCCGGCUCUUGGCCAGUCAUGGCGUCCAGUUGCAGUAGUGAGCUGGAGUCGGCCAUCGAAGUCCUGGUGAGGAAUUUCUAUACGUACGCCGAGAGGAAGGGGAAACACGACAAGAUGAACAAGAAGGAGUUCCGCAAGAUGGUGUCCCAGGAGCUCCAACAUGUGCUGACGAAUACACAGAGCAAGGAAGCCUCCAACAAGCUGAUCCAGUCUCUGGACACCGACGAGGACGGGAAGAUCAGCUUUGACGAGUAUUGGACUUUGAUCGGUGAGAUCGCCCGGAAGCUGAGCCUCCAGAUGGCCAUGCAGUGCCAGGAACGACCCUAGAGCGCCCCCCCCCCCAAAAAAGCGCCAUGCCUCCUGCGCCCAGCGGGGGGCGCUGGAGGGAAGAACUUUUCCUGGGGGGGGGAACAGAGAACGCACCGGACCUCGGAUUCCCAGAAUCCCUCACUUAUUGUUUUUUUUUU